CGUAUUUUAACUUCCGGUGUGAAGGCAGACUGUAAACAGUAGCUAGCUCACAAAGCUAACAGAGUUUAGCAGCGUUGGAUGCAGAAGAAGAAGAGUGUGACUGACAGCGCAGGAUGGUCCCGCCCCUCCCCCUCUCCUCUCUCCGCCUCCUCAUCCCUCCUCUCCGCCUGCUGACGGCGGCGAUGUGGCAGGUCGCACAGCAACAAAACGUGAAGCAUUAUGGGAUGCUUGAAGACUUUGUUUCCAUGGUAACCGAGGCCAUCCCACAGCUGCUGACAGACAGACAGAAGAGUCUACUACUGCUGGGACUGAGGGUCAAGAUGACCCUCUGUGACCUCGACCCACAGGACGUCCACGCCCACCUGGACAGACUACGCUCCGUCUCUGAAGCUGCGGUGAGUCGUCUCUCUACGUCUCGAUGCUGCUCAGCUCUGUCGUCUCUCCAACAGAAUGUGAGUGGAGCAGAGAGACAGCGCCUCCUGCAGGAGGUUUUCAGCCACAGUUUUGACUCCGCCCUCCAGUCCCUCAUAUCUGACUUCCUGUCGAGGAUGGAGCAGCUGUUCCCGGUGCCCGACUUCAAACAGGCUGCGUCCUGGCUCCACGCUGCCCCUGGUGGUGUGGAGGAGUGUCUGCAGGACGCUGACAACCUGAGGGAGUUACUGACCAAUCAGAGCUGUCGAAUGGGACGUGCGACGACUACAGUCCGUCCUGAUUCAGAGAACGUCCUCCUCUCAGCGUGGUCACAACCCCUUCUCACCAAACUGACCAAUCCUGAGCCUCCUCCUCCUCCCCCCGUCACAGAGGUCCAAUCAGACGGCCCGCUGGUGAAGGUGGAGGUGGUGGUGAUGACGGAGCACCAGACGCUGAUCGAUGACAUCAUGUCAUCAGAGGAGCAGGAGGCGUCCAAUCAGAGCUCAGCAAAGGGCGAUGAGGAUUGUGUCAUCACACCUGUAGAGGAGAACAGGCUGAAGGACUCACCUGCAAACCUGAGUGACCAAUCAGAGGACAGAGUCGACCAAUCAGAUCAGCCCUGUUCUGAGGUCACAGCUAACGCUCUGUUCAGCAUUUCCCAUAAUUCUCGGCGGGUUGCUCACAAGUGUCCUCAGUGUGGGAAAUGUUUCAUCUACCGUUCUCAGGUCAUCCGUCACCUGCGCACCAACAAGUCCUGCAGCUCGGCGUUAUCCACAGCUGUGAGUUCUACUGCUGCUCAGGAGCAAGAGCCCCGCCUCCCAGAGUCCCGCCCCCAAGAGCCCCGUCCCCCAGAGCCCCACCCCCCAGAGUCCUGCCUCCAAGAGCCCCGUCCAUCAGAGCCUCGUCCAUCAGAGCCCUGCCCCCCAGAGCCCCGUCCAUCAGAGCUCCGGCCAUUAGAGCCCCGCCCCCCAGAGCCCUGUCCAUCAGAGCCCCGCCUCCCAGAGCCCCGCCCCCUCAGGUCACACUCCUGUUUCCAGUGUAACGCCAUCUUUAAAAGCAAAGCGGAGCUGCUGUCUCACCAGCGCAGCCAUCGCACACGACCCGUUUACCAGUGCAGCCAGUGUGACAGGACGUUCCACCACCUGUCCAGUCUGACCAAUCACAAACAGACUCACCUGGAAAAGGGCGGGUUCACCUGCAGUAAGUGUGAUAAGGUGUUUGAGUCGUCCAGAGAGAGAGACGCUCACCGGCUGACGCACCGCCUGCCCGACCUCUCCUGCACGCUGUGUCACAAGACGUUCAGCUCGCAGACGCAGCUGCUGAGACACCUGCAGACGCACUCAGUGGAGGGGGCGGAGCUAUGCUACAACUGUCGCUUCUGUGAGCAGAGCUUCACAGGUGUGACUCAGCUGCGGAUCCAUCAGCGCACACACACGUCUCGCUCCUAUCAGUGUGAUCAGUGCAGUAAGGCGUACGGCUCUCUCACCGGCCUCAACUCCCACCGGGCGAGCCACGGCGCCCAGAGCCGCUUCCUGUGCUCGCAGUGUGGCAAACGCUUCAAAACGCGCGACGGGCUGGAGGGUCACCUGAGGACGCACAGCGGGGAGCGACCAUACCGCUGCCCCUACUGCCCCAAAGACUUCACCGCACUCGCUGGCCUCAAUGUACACGUGCGGCGCCACACUGGAGAGCGUCCGUAUGUCUGCACGGUGUGCGGGAAGGGCUGGCCAUCAGGAGGAGACCUGCAGAAACACAUGAGGACGCACACGGGGGAGAGACCCUACGUCUGCCAGGACUGUGGGAAGGCUUUUUCUAUUUCCUGUCACCUGACUGAGCACCGCAGGAUACACACAGGAGAGAAACCCUUCUCGUGUCCUGAAUGUGGGAAAUGUCUGAGGAGGAAGUUUGACCUGAAGAAGCACAUGUUGUCUCACAGCAGCGUGCGGCCGUACGGCUGCGUUUACUGCUCAAAGAGCUACACCCGCAAAACUCACCUGAACAGACACCUGCUGACACACCGGGCAGGUGACGGGGAGGUGGGGUUAGAGACGACAGACCAAACAUAACGGCUGAUCUCUACUCAUCAAGCUGACAUGAAGAGCUGCUC